AAUGACAGUUCCUCUGACAAAUACAAAAUGGUUGAAAACUAAAGUUGGCAAACAAAGAAAGGCAGCGUAAUAUCGAGUAUUAGCGUUUAAAGACAUUUUUUUAAGUGAAAGUUAGUUAGUUUAGUGUAUAAAUUGUGUUUGGUGCACGAUGCUAGAUUUGGAAAUUGUCCCUGAGCGCUCCCUGGGCUGUGACGCCUGGGAAUUUGUGUUGGGGAUGCAUUUCUCACAAUCAGUUGCCAUUAUACAGAGUCAGGUGGGCACAAUAAGAGGAGUACAAGUACUAUAUAGUGAUCAGAAUCCAUUAUCGGUAGACCUAGUAAUAAACAUGCCCCAAGAUGGGAUACGGUUAAUAUUCGACCCGGUCGCACAACGACUCAAGAUUAUAGAGAUAUAUAAUAUGAAACUAGUUAAACUUAGGUAUAGUGGUAUGUGCUUCAAUUCGCCCGAGAUAACGCCGUCGAUAGAGCAAGUGGAGCACUGCUUCGGGGCGACGCACCCUGGCCUCUACGACUCGCAGCGGCACCUUUUCGCGCUUAACUUUAGAGGGCUCUCUUUUUAUUUUCCUGUUGAUAGCAAAUUUGAGCCGGGCUAUGCCCAUGGGCUGGGCUCGCUCCAGUUCCCCAAUGGCGGUUCACCGGUGGUCUCUCGGACCACCAUCUACCAUGGAUCUCAACACCAGCUGAGCAGUUCCGGCAGCGGCUCCCUGUGCCCGGCGCCACUGCCCGAGCUGCCGCUGUCCUGCUACCGCCACCAGCUGCACCUGCGCCGCUGCGACGUGCUGCGCACCUCCACUGCUACCGUCGGCCUCCGGCUGCACAUGUUCACUGAAGGCGGCGGCCGGCCGCUGGAGGGCGCGGUGUGCGCGGUGCGCGCGGUGCGCUUCGGCGACAGCUGCCAGCGCGUGGCGCGGGCGCUGGGCGCGCCGGCGCGGCUCUACUACAAGGCCGACGACAAGAUGCGCAUCCACCGGCCCACGGCCCGCCGCCGCCCGCCGCCCGCCUCCGACUACUUCUUCAACUACUUCACGCUCGGCCUGGACAUGUUGUUCGACGCCCGCACGCACCAGGUGAAGAAGUUCGUGCUACACACCAACUAUCCCGGUCACUACAAUUUCAACAUGUACCACCGCUGUGAGUUCGAGCUCGCUGUUCAGCCGGAUAAAUGCGAUCCGAACUCGUUGGUGGAGAACCGCGGCGCGGUGUCGAUCACGGCGUACAGCAAGUGGGAGGUGGUGUCGCGCGCACUGCGCGUCUGCGAGCGGCCAGUGGUUCUCAACCGUGCCUCCUCCACCAACACCACCAACCCUUUCGGCUCCACCUUCUGCUACGGAUACCAGGACAUGAUAUUUGAGGUGAUGUCAAACAAUUAUAUAGCGUCCAUAACGCUGUACCAACCGGAGGGCACCCGCCCACAUUACGCGGUCAACUCCAUCGCGUGACACACCCAGGUAUCCCCAAGCAAAGGCAAAUACGCAUCCUGAACGAAGUCAGUUCAUAAUCUCCACAAAAACCUCCACUUGUAUGGCAACACCGUAACUAAUUCACACGAAACGUUGCCAUACUACAAAAAAAUAAUGUCGCGUGAAGUGGCACUACAUAUCCCUUACAUGAGCACCUAAGAGGAAACAGUAUUUAACAAAAAAAAAAAAUGUGAUAAAAACUGUGAAAAAAAAAACUCGAAAAAAAAUGUAAGUGAGUGACAGAUCUCAGAUGGUGUGUAAUUUUAAUUUAAUUCACUAGCAACAAUGGACAAAAAUAGCAAAAAAAAAAAAAGAUAUGUAAUAUUAUUUUUAAAUCAUGUAAUGUUAAGUUGAUAUAUUUUUUUUAAAGAGUGUCAAGUGGACCGUUAAAGUAAUGAUAAUUAGUCAAAUGUGUUCUUUAAGUUUUAUCAAAUUUUCUAUAUGACCUUAGUUGGAUGGAGUAUACCAAUCUGUAACUCCGUGAUAGUAUUCAGGAAACUGAACAAAUUAUCCCAGGGAACCUGAACUAUUUCCAUAAUUCCAAAAUGAAACUGAAUAACUUUUACUUACGGCGAAUUGUUCAGUUUCAUGAACAUUAUUACUGAGUUUCAGAGUGAUAUAACUUUUACGACUAACUAUGCGGUCUGGUUGCGAUACCAACUGUAAACAUGACAAAACUAAUAUAAAAGUUAAACAGUUAAAAAUAAUUGAAUAGUUUUUUUUUUUUUUUAAUGAAUAUUUCUUUCAUCUGAUAUUAUUACUAAAGACAUAUACAUUAAGUUUGUAUACCUUAAUUAUUAAUUCCUCGGCAUUAUGAGACGCAAGUCGUCAAGCCAACUUUGCGCUGGACGCUUUUUAAAAAAACAACAUUGACAAUGUUAUGUUUUUAGGAAUUAUGUAAGACAUUUGAUAUCAUAGCCAGAUCGAAACUAUCAUGAUAAAUAGAAAUAGACUGUGUUGUAAAUAUUUUUGAAAAUAUGAAAAAUUAAUAACAAUAAAUCAUAAAUCGAUGUAUUUUUUCUAAAAAUGAUUUUCGUGUGAGACGUUUGCAAGUGUGCAAGUAUGCGAAUUAUGUAUUUUAAUAAUGUAAAAAAAUAUAUUCUCUAUUGACAGCACCACAGUUCUGCCAUGUUUUUUAUUGUGAUUUUUUGCUACGUAUGUAAGCAAAGGAAAUUAGUUGUACAGCUAUGACACCUACAGAUUCUAUAUUGAGCUUAUCUUAAUCUACUCCAAUAGAUGAGAAUUUUGUACUUUAAAGAGUUUUAUAUAUUUAUUAUCUAUGGUAAUAUUAUCAACCUUUCAUAUUUAUAAAUACCUAUGAGGUAACUACUUUCCUAGUGUGUAGGGGAAAACAUUAUUUCUCGUAACAUUGCCAUAAAUAAAAUUACCAUUUUAGUAGAUAUUUAAAUAACCGAAGUUCAUUAUUAUUAUAUUAUCUAUAUUUCAUAAUUACUCAUAUUAUUUUUUUUAGAUUCAUUAUUUUAUUAAAUUUUUUUAUAUAUUAUAUAUAAUAUUUUAGUUUUAGAAUUCACAGUGUAUUCACUAUAUUCAUUUGUAGUUGUUCAAAUAUAAAGGUAUGGGCUCAUUAUACUGCCGUAUUUAUACUCUUUUUUAAUACGUACUUAUUUUCAUAAUACAGUUUCUUUGUUUAUAAAUAGUCAAUUGUAAUUUUUAUUUGAUAACCUAAAAGAGUUUUCAUGACGGUGAAUACACUGGCGUUUGUGUUCAAUUAUAUCCUUCUUAUGGUUUCCUUUUUAAUGAAUAUGCUAAUCGGAUCCCAGUAAAGACUCUUACAUACAAACGGCAUUUUAGUAAUAUCAGUCAUAUACCGUCUUAAUCAUCGUCACGAAAUGUAGCGCUCGUUAACAUCCAGACGUGUGUAAUGUAAUAUUAAGCUAGAGUUAUUCAUUUGUAGUUAGCGGACAUAUAAAAUUUUUUUUAAAAGUAGAUUUUUGGCAUCUUUGCGUUCACGUAUGGUCAUUUGUCUUCUAUCUUAUGUCAUCUAUCUUAAUCUAUGAAAUUAAAUAUUUAUUUGUUUUAAACAGACACUUAUGUAAUAAAGGCCAUGUGACAGAAAUUUUGGCAUCUACUCAACUGCCUUAAAAUUGUAGGCAUGCAAAUUUCAUGUAUUAAAUAAGAAAAUAGCACUAAUUUUGGUGAUUAUUGUAAUUAUUCAAAAUUAAUGUCAAAGAUAAAAUGGAAAUAAAUUGAACUAAUAAAUUACAAUCGGUACGUGUCAAAUAAGAUUAUUUACAUUUUCCAUGUCUAACCAAAAACAACUGCAGCGUAUUAUCUGUUCGUAGCAUUUCAUAUAUAUUAUUUUAUCUGUACUACAUUUGUAUCAGUUUUAAUAUCGACACAAAAUCGUAAGAGUACUGCGAGCGCCUUUAUGGCCACAUAUUAUUUGUGUAACAUUACACGAUAUAUUACAUUAUAGAAAUUAUGGAUUCCACACGUCUGUACGCAGCUUAAGAGUCGGCAUAUUUAUUUAUGAAUAUGAAAUAACAAUUUUCCAUUUUUAUAUUAACCAUUUAACUUAUUUAUAUCAAUUUCUAUUGUAUAUUGUUUAUUAAAAUUAAAUAUAAUGAAAAAAAAAAAAUUGAAAAAUUUAAAUAAAAUUCUCCCCAUUUUUCUCUAUAAAAUAUUUUUUAAACUUUUUUUUAAAUAUCACGGUAAAUAUUUCGGUGUGCGCUUUGACAGUAUAAUUGUGUAGACAUAACGAAUUCUAGUAAAAGAUAAUGGCUUUGAUAUGCGUUAUAAUAUAAAAUAUUUUCUAUAUCCAAUUGUAAAUACGGUUAUGUUUGCAUGGGGUGUUUAUGGUGAACAGAUGAAGCUAUAGAAACUGAAAUGUGUCACAAAAUUAGAAAUUUUUAUGAGGUGUUUGCUAGCGAGACAAUUGUAAAGGUUUACUGUCCUAAAGUAUGUUGCAUUUGCAACCUUAUUGCGUUGUAUUUAGUAUUUAAAAUCGUAUGCAACUGCCCAUAAUUUAUUGUUAGAUAAAUUGUAUAUUUGCUUGGCCCUCGAACGAUUCGAGUAUCCCAAAGAUUAAUGUACUUAUUAAAAUAGGAACAACAAACUUUUCAAUUUUGAUGUGCGAAUCAAAUGUCGAAAUCUGAACCUAUUUAGUUGACGACGUGUUGAAACGUUAAUCUUGUAAAAAAGCAACCAUUAUUACAAUUUAGGGUUAGUGGAGACCAGUGGGGUGGAGAUAAAGACAUUAACUUGUUCUCAAAAAUUUACUUUAAAUUCUCUAGCUAAUUUAAAUUCGCAACACUUAGCAAAAUCUUCAUGUCUUCAAACAAUAUAAUGCUUGUUGAUACCAUUCCAGUAGUCUACGCUGACCCUUAAAACGCUAGUAAUUUCUCCGCCUUUAAAAUUCUGUUCAAUGUAUGAUUAUAUUUUUUUAAUAUAAUGUCAGCAAUAGAUUUUUAAAAAUAAAAACUGUUUGUUGUAUUAUUGUAAAUUUUAUGUAUGUGAGAAUAAAAAUAUAUAAGAAUUUUAGAUAAAAAAGCUUUCUAAAUGAAUAUGCACUUAAAAUGGUAAUUGGAGAUGUUGCCACAUUUUUAAAUAUUUUUAAUGAAACAAAAUUUUAGCUCAAAAAUCUCUUUUUGCAACUCUCCUGGCAAAUGUCAAAGGUGUUGCCAUUUUCCAUUGAAAUUACUUUAUAAAUACAUAUUAUUUACUUUAUUUAUAACUAUUUUGUUGUUGUGUUUAUUAAUUAAUGUUUUUAUUUGAUUAUUUUUUAAAUUUAUUAUUUUUAUUUAAUUAUUUGAUUAAUUUAGAAAAUGCUAAAUUCAGUAUAAUAACAAUUACCAAAGACCUCAUACAUUGAACAGAUAAUAAAAAUGAGAAUUUAUAAAAAAAAAAAACUAUUAGAUCUCUUUGGUUUAAAAUAAAUGCUUAAAUAAUCGGCUUGCAUAAUAAAUAGUGCCAACGUUUUAAACAAAUAUGGAUUGCAUAACGCAUGUGUAAAAGUUAUAUUCCCAUAAUAAUGAGCUUAAAUUAGUUUACAUACCGGCAGGAGGCAGGUUGUGAUGUUAAAAACCUUCUGCUGUUAAGGCAAUAUGACACUUUUAUUAUAAGGUUUAAUGUCCCUUGAAAUAAUUUGAAUGUUUUUGAGGCUGUUGACUUGUUUUUUAGAAUAACCAACAUGUUCCUUCUUUGAGCGUCAAAAACCCGAGAUAAGAUCAUAAAUAUUUUACGAUAGAUUAUUAAAUAAAAUAAUAAUAAUAUUCUGUCGUGAAUUACAGUUUCUUAGGUACUUGUAGAUAAAAGGUGUGACAAGUGUUUACGAUAGUACAAUCCGAAAUACAGUGAUAGAAAUUCGUGAAACUGAACAAUUUUCCACAAGGAACAUGUAACGAAGCAAGAAAGUAAUUAGUUAAUAAACUUUCGCGUUGUUUACACAUUUGUUUUAAUACACAAUUGGAACUUGACGCGAUGUCUUAACAGCUUUUACAGGUAAAUAGUAUCUACAUGCGUCUUUAUUGCAAUGUUUCGACGUGGAUUGCACCAUGUCGUGGUUACAACAGGACUUUACAGGCUUUUACAUCGCGUUAAGUCUUGGUUGUGUAUUUAAAGAAAGAAAAAGAAAGUAAUUUUUGAAAUCUACCCCGGGGUCACAUUAUCGUCCUUUCAUAAUAUUAAUUAAAGGGUAAUUCUAUUAAUAUUAUAAUUGCGAAAGUUUGUAUGUAUGGAUAAAUGUUUAUUACUCUUUCACGUAAACACUACUGAACGAAUUCGAAUGAAAUUUGGUACAUAGGUGAUGUCCUAACUUAGCACAUAGGAUUUUUUAUAUACUGAUCCACGCGGGUGAAGCUGCGGGACAGAGGUAGUCAUUUAUAUUUUGACAAUUUCGUAAAACUGAACAUCUCGUUCCAACCUUCAUUGAUGAAACUGAACAACAUGGCUCUACGUUCUUCGGGGAAAGUUGUUCAGUUUCAUGAUAACUAUCACUGUGUAGAUUUCGGAGUGGUAAUGUUUGUACACUUCUGCCACUAGUCCUGCCAUGUAUUAGUUCCUGCUUUGUUUAUUUGGAAUAUUUUUCAUCGUUAAUAUGUGUCAUUGGCUUGUGUCUAAAAAAAAAACUUAUAGAUUAGCUUGGUGAUUAUGAAAUUACAUCAACACGCCUCUGUGUAUUUUUAUUCUUUCUAUAUUAUUAUAAACCUAUCCGUCUGCUUACGUUUACGGCUACGAUACUGAGCCCAUGUGAAAGAGAUAGCUUCAAGUCCACUGGUGGAUAUAGGAACUGUGAAGUCAUAAAAGAUUAAGUACAUAUACAACGAUUCAACUAUUUAUUUACAUUAUUAUUAUUAACACAAUACCUAUUAUAAUUCAAAUUAUGUUUCGUAAUUUUAUUUUUUAGUUAAAUUGGAAAUAGUGACAUGGACAAGCUGACUCUCUAUUGGAAAUUGAUCCAUACACCCCAAUGAUGAACAUUAUUAAAAAAAUAAAAUCCUAAAAUGCUUUUAAUUUUUACGAGUUUUUAAAUUACGGUAAUCUUCAAAAAAUACGGUUAGAUAUAUAUUUUUAUACUCUUUAAUCCCUUGUAUUUUAUCUUAUAAAAGCGAUUUUUUUAUCAUACAUAUGUAUAUAUAU